AUGUACAGAUCGACUAAGGGAGCGUCGAAAGCGAGGAGAGACCAGAUCAACGCGGAGAUCAGAAGCCUGAAGGAACUGUUACCCAUCUCGGACGCUGAUAAAUCCAGACUUUCCUAUCUUCACAUCAUGUCCCUGGCGUGUAUCUACACCCGGAAAUCGGUCUUCUUCAACUCAGGUGCCGAUGUGCAAGACUGUCUCCCCCUGAUCUCGCCGCAGGAGUUGAGGGACUUCUUGCAUUCUCUCCCUGGCUUCCUCAUGGCUCUCAGCAGCGAGGGCAAACUCAUCUACGUGUCCGAGAACGUGUCCGACCACCUGGGCCACUCGCUGGUGGACCUGGUGGCGCAGGGCGACAGUAUCUACGACAUCACCGACCCUCUGGACCACCUGGUGCUGAGCGCCCACCUGAUGCAGACAUCCUCUCCAGAGACCGAGCGUCUCUUCCGCUGCCGAUUUAACACCUCCCGGUCAGUCAGGCGGCAGAGCGCCGGCAACAAGAUGGUGCUGAUCCGAGGCCGGUACCACCAGCCCCCAGCCGGGACCUACUGGUCGUCUAAGCCGGUCUUCAUGGCCUUCUGCUCACCGCUGGACACCCGGCCCCGGCUCUUCGACAACCACCUGUUCCUCGCCUUCUUCCAGAGCCGGCACGCCAAGGAUAUGAUGUUCGUGGAGGUUUCCGACAGCGUUGCCUACCACCUCGGAUACCAAGACAGCGAGCUGGUCGGCAAGUCCUGGUACAGCCUGGUCCACCCUCAGGAUCUAUCGCACGCCUCCACCCACCACUACCGCCUAGUGAGCGGCCGCAGCGAGUCCAGGGUGGAGAUGGCGGUGCGGCUGCAGAGCAAGGACGGCCCGUGGGUCUGGGUGUACCUGGUGGCUCAGCUGGAGUGCGCCGAGGUCCCCGUGCUGUGCCACAACUACACCAUCAGCGAGAAUGAAGCCUGGUGUCUCCGGCAACAGCUGUCCGAGGAGGAGCUGGACAGCCAGAUGUUCCCUUACGCCCUCCCUGCCCUCCCGUCUCAACACGAUGCGCUGGACUCUCCCCCCUACCUCUCCAGCCCCGACACCGUCUUCACCCCCAUGUCCGGGACACCCACCAGCGGCGUCUCAGGCCAGUCCUUCGACUUCAGCGGCAUCUGCCUGGAAUUCGCCGAGGGUCCCGCAGCCCCGGAGGAAGAGGACGGCGCCCGUCUCCUCGCCCAGGGCGUGUGCCCGCAGCAGGAGGACGUGGAGCGGCUGAGCGGUCCCAACACCAGCUCUGCCAAGCUCCCAGAGUUGGCUUACAGUGACUGCGUCUUCGGACCCGAGUCUCCCACUCCUCCUUGUACCCCUCGCCUCCCCGGACCCAUGUUUGCAUUUGGAGGACGAGAUACCUACGGUCCGACCAGCAGCGAGCUCUUCUACUGUCCCGAGACCUGUGCCCCUCUCUACGAGAAGAUGCCCCCUUCCCCGGACAGUCCCGGGAACGGAGGGGGUAUGUGCUCGGUGAUGGGUUUCCCCAAGGUCCGGGCUCCCCUCUACAUCCACGUCCCCAGUACGCCCGAGGGGUUGCUCACGCCCGAAGCAUCGCCCAUCAAGAUGACAGUGAACAACUGCUUUGGUUACCUGGAGGGUAACCAACGCGCAGAGACCAAAAGUUGGCCCAAGAGCGGCGACCAAGGACUUGCAGAGCCGGGAGAGAUCCUCGCCGGGGGUGGAUCGUCCACCCGCGCCUCUUCCCUGCCAACCUCCGCCCCGUUCCUGGACUUCCAAGCCCCCAAGCAUUGGAGGAGCGUGGACUUCUCCUUGGUGACCUACACCCCACAAGAGGAGGAGAGCGAGGACGUGAUCAGGAACCUGUUGAAAGAUCUCGAGGUGCCUGCGCUUCAGAGCUGCAGCCCCGCUCCCGGCUGCCUGCAGAAGGCGGGCAGUCCCUCACGCCCCGCCGGUUUGGACUCCGAGGUGGAGCAGAGCCCCGACUCUCGCCCCGCGACAGACCUGUCUCCGGAAGAGCAAUCCUUCCUUGAAGAAUUGGCUUCGUACGAAACAGUAUUUGAGACGUAUGCCUCAAGAUCCCCGUGUGACGGAUUUAAUGAUGAGUUGUAUCAACUCCAAAGUCGCAGCCAGGAAUACUUCCAGCAAGAUGGAAGUAGAGGUGAUCCCUCGUUCUGAAAUAAGUCUGUGACUUACUUCAUCGAGUAUGGCAUAUUGUCAUAUUUUGUGAAGCUGCUAUUAUUAGAGAAAAC